GAACGCGCUGGAUCUAUGGAUAUCGGUUUCACGUGGUUUGAGCUCCAAAAAGUGAAUGGGUUAAUGAAAAAAGUGGGUCGUAAUCUGUGACUGAACCACAAGUGUCGGAGAUUUAAUCAAGCAUAAGCAUCAACAGCUGAGGACUAGAGCAAAGUCACGUCUUAGAGGCAGCAUCUCCUGAUCGAGUUUAUCUUCACGUAGAGCAACAACUUGCUUCUAUGGCUUACAGUUUGGGCCUUCAUAAUCAGUGGGACAGUAAUCCUGAACAACAUAUAACUGACAGGUCACUUGUGUUGGUGGCAACAUGAGUUGGAACUUCCUGACACGCUUGCUAGAUGAGAUCUCCAAACAUUCCACUUUUGUAGGGAAAAUCUGGCUCACGCUUCUCAUAAUCUUCCGAAUUGUUCUGACAGCAGUGGGCGGUGAGACCAUCUACCAAGAUGAACAGAACAAGUUUGUGUGCAAUACUUUACAACCCGGUUGUGAGAACGUAUGCUAUGAUGCUUUUGCCCCUCUGUCCCACAUUCGAUUCUGGGUUUUUCAAGUCAUUAUGAUCACCACACCGUCUAUUAUGUACCUUGGCUUUGCCAUGCACAAAAUCGCUCAAAUGGCCGAUUAUGAAUACCGAACGCGUAAGCACAAGCGCAAGUGGCUGUCUGAUGUCCAUCGACGCUUAAAUGGAGACUAUGACGAAACUGAUGAGAUGGGAGAGGAAGUUCCCAUGAUCUUGGAGGAGACUGAGCCUUCUGAGAAGGAAAAUAAAGUCAAGACUACCGAUAAAUCCAACCCUUCGGCCUCUAAACACGAUGGCCGCCGGCGCAUUAAAAAAGAUGGCCUUAUGAAGGUAUAUGUGCUGCAUUUGCUCUCUCGAGUUGCCUUCGAGAUAGCUUUUCUCUUCGGCCAGUACGUUCUGUAUGGGUUUGAAGUGGCGCCGUCCUACAUUUGCACUCGCAGUCCAUGCCCACACACUGUGGAUUGCUUUGUGUCACGACCCACUGAAAAGACCAUCUUCCUGGUGAUCAUGUAUGUUGUCAGUGUGCUCUGCCUGGUGCUGACGGUCCUGGAAAUCAUUCAUCUGGGAAUUGGUGGUUUGAGGGACACUCGCCUUCGUAGAUCAUCUCAGAGAGUCCAGAAACGUGCGCCAUCUCAGUCCACAAUCUGUCACCGCCUUGCCAGUGCCCCACCAGGAUAUCACACCGCCCUGAGGAAGGACACCUCUGGCAGGCCGAAGUCACCUGUUCCGGGAGACUCUGGACGGGAGUCAUUGGCCGAUAACAACACCAAUCAUGAUAUAGAGCGUCUACGAAGACACCUGAAAAUUGCACAGCAACAUCUGGACCAGGUCUAUCACUCUGAGGAAGGCGGGGCUUCACAUAGCAAAGGUCUGAAGUCAAACAGAAUUGCUAUUGAACAAAACCGAGUCAACCUAGCCAAGGAGGAGCAUCUCAGCGAUGGAGAGACAGAGGUUCAUGCCUGAAGCACAUUUUCCCAUUCAUCUGGCUCUCCAUUAGACAGAUCUACCCCAUGAUGGGAAGCGUGUAUUGGAGGGCAGUCAUUGACGCAAGAUUGUGUGUUUGUGUUCAUGCGUGCAUGAUAAUGCAUAUUAGAACGUGUUACAUACAGUAUUAAAAACAUGAUCAACAGCAUUUAUUGCAGUGAGUCCAAGAAACUGCCAUUUUUCAUGACAAGAAUUGUAGCACCUUAGAGGGAAAGCUCACCCAAAACUGAAACAUCAGUCAUCAUUUAUUCUUCCUCUUGUUAUUUUAAACCUGUCUGACUUUUUUUUGCCAAAUAUUUUGAAGAAUAUUGAUAUCUGAACAAUGGCGGUAUCCAUUGAUUUCUAGUGCAAGUGAAUGGAAACCGUUGUUGGCACCGAGUAUUAUACUAUAUAAGUUUUCAUGGUUCAUUAUUGACUUAAAACCAUAAAUAUAUACAGUACUCUGCAAAAAUCUUAGGAAUGUUAGUAUUUUCACCCUAAUAUUUACAUUUGGAGGUAAGUUUCUUCUAGUGUCUAGUGAGACAUUGCCGCAGUUCUUCUGGAUUUUCCUUUUUCUAGUAAUAACAGAUAUACUUGAUGAUGGUGGGACCGGAUCUCAUGUGGAGCACCAGCUACUAGCACACUUCUCAUGCGUAACGGACUGGAUUAUUAGAAAUAAUGGCAAAAGUAAUGUUUAAAAAUGUAAACUGGUAUUUACUACUGACACACUACAGAAAAAGAUGAAAAUACUAAAGUGCCCAAGACUUUUGCACAGGGCUGUGCAAGUCUAAAAAUAUAUAUUGUCUUUCUUCUCCCAUCGUGAUAAAUGAUUCUGAGGAAGGUAAGGUUCAGUUACAUUUUUACUUCAGCAGUCAUUCAGAUUUCUCAGCAUGGUUACCUAACCUUGCUGAUAGAAUAUCUGUGGUGAUGUGAGGGCUCAUGAAUGAGUGGAUUUGGUCAAGUCAUAAACAAAAACAAGUAAAAAUGUAUUAAACUAACAGAAGAGCUGAACUGGAGAAAUGUCUAUAACCAUCUGGACAAAAUGAGCAACACAAACCUCAUUCUUCAUAAAUGGAUCAGUUGUUCUGAUUUUAUUUUUACAUAAUUUGACACUAUCAAUGCUUGAUUCUUAAAGUCUGGUUUCAAAGACACAACAUCUAAUAAAUGUAAUGAACAACAUAAAUCUAAUAUCAUAUUUUGUGUAAACAAGUGAGCACAAUACAUUGAGACACGGACCAGACAUGGAAAUUUUAACUGGAAGUAAACUGUGUUUAAGUCAUUCUUAAAGGGAUACUUCACCCAAAAAUGAAAAUUCGGUCACCAUUUACUCACCUUCGAGUUGUUACAAAUCUAUCUAAAUUUCUUUGUUCUGAUGAAAACAGAGAAAGAUAUUUGGAAGAAUGCUUAUAAUCAGACAGAUUUUGCCCCCCAUUGACUAUAUCAUAGAACACAAAAGAAGACAUUUUGGAGAAUGUAGGACAGCAAACAGUUCUGGGACACUUUUGACUACUAUUUUAUUUUUUCCUACUAUGGUAGUCAAUGGGGGGCAAAAUCUGUCUGUUAUAAGCAUUCUCCCAAAUAUCUUUCUUUGUGUUCAUCAGAACAAAGAAAUUUAGACAGAUUUUGGAACUGGAAGGGGAGUAAAAUGACAAAAUUUUCAUUUUUGGGUGAAAUAUCCCUUUAAUGCAAGUUGUCACAUUUGUAUUGGGCAGUUGUGACAUAUUUAAACAUUAUAUAAAUAUAUAUAUAAAUAUAUAUAAUAUAUAAGUAAUUCAACUUAUUGAAAUAUCUUUUGGCCAAAACAAUGGGUUAUUUUUAUAUUUAUCUUGUAUUGUAAUUUAACUGUUUUUUAAGUCUUUUUAACCAGGCAGUAACAUUUGCCAUGAUUAGAAGAUUUGAUAUUGGCAUGUCCAAUAUUAUGUAAGGUUUAUUAAUCAACAUAUGGAGAAUGAGUCCUUGGUCUGAAAAACAGAAUUGUGUUUAUAUUAUUAAAUGCUGUUUGCCCUUGACAUUCAAUGUUGGGGAGGGGGAGAAUUUGAUGGAAGUAAAUACAUUUUGUUCACUAAGUAGCAAAAGCAACAGCAACAAAAAUAUUAUUGUGUUUUGUUAUUAUAUGUAUUGAAGAUACUGUAUUGUUGCUUAUUGCUUUUUUUAAUAUUGUCCUUAUUUUUAUAAGGUUUACACAAAAAAAGCAAUAGGCUUUACACUCAUGUAAGGCUUAUUUAAUAUUGUUGACUGCUAUAUGACACCUUUUUAUCAAUUACUUUGGAUAAACACUAAAUGGUGUUUGGUUAAAAAUUGUUACAGAUCAUUUAAAAUCCUCCAGUCAUAUCAUUGGAUUACCAGAUUUUAACUUUACAUGUAGCAAAAAAGAAAAUGAUGGCAUGUGUCCAUGUUGGAAUAACAGCUAAAUAUUACUCAUGUGAUAUAAAUUCGAAGGAAACCACUGUCAUACUGACCAGUAAAACACUAAAAAUUAAAUAAAUGUACCUUAAAUAGUAUUUUCUGAUUGUGUGAUGUCUGACUACAACCCGAAUUCCGGAAAAGUUGGGACGUUUUUUAAAUUUGAAUAAAAUGAAAACUAAAGGAAUUUCAAAUCACAUGAG